CUCCCCUUCCAUAGGUAUGUGUGGGAGAAGGACGGGGCCACCCUGGCUGUGGAGACCAAUCCCCGGGUCCGUCUGGACAGAAACGGCUCCCUACACAUCUCGCAGACAUGGUCAGGGGACAUUGGCACGUACACCUGCCGGGUGCUCUCAGCUGGUGGCAAUGACUCUCGAAACGCCCACCUGCGAGUCAGGCAGCUUCCCCAUGCCCCUGAGCACCCUGUGGCAACACUCAGCACCGUGGAGAGGCGCGCCAUCAACCUGACCUGGGCCAAGCCCUUCGAUGGCAACAGUCCCCUGAUGCGCUACAUCUUGGAGAUGUCAGAAAACAAUGCCCCGUGGACCAUUCUCCUUGCCAGUGUGGACCCAGAAGCUACCUCAGUGAUGGUCAAAGGGCUGGUUCCCGCUCGUUCCUACCAGUUCCGCCUCUGUGCUGUCAAUGAUGUGGGCAAAGGACAGUUCAGCAAGGACACAGAGAGGGUUUCCCUCCCUGAGGAGCCCCCCACGGCCCCUCCACAGAACGUUAUUGCCAGCGGCCGGACCAACCAGUCCAUCAUGAUCCAGUGGCAACCACCUCCCGAGAGCCACCAGAAUGGAAUCCUCAAGGGUUACAUCAUCAGAUACUGCCUGGCUGGGCUACCUGUGGGGUACCAGUUUAAGAACAUCACGGAUGCUGAUGUCAACAACCUGUUGUUGGAGGACCUCAUCAUUUGGACCAAUUAUGAGAUCGAGGUGGCAGCCUACAACAGUGCCGGGCUGGGCGUCUACAGCAGCAAAGUCACCGAGUGGACGCUUCAGGGAGUUCCCACGGUGCCCCCAGGCAAUGUGCAUGCAGAAGCCACCAAUUCCACAACCAUCCGCUUCACCUGGAAUGCCCCCAGCCCCCAGUUCAUCAACGGCAUCAAUCAGGGCUACAAGCUGAUUGCCUGGGAGCCAACACAAGAAGAGGAGGUUACCAUGGUGACUGCCAGGCCUAACUUUCAAGACAGCAUCCAUGUGGGCUUCGUGUCCGGUCUAAAAAAAUUCACAGAGUACUUCACAUCGGUGCUGUGCUUCACCACACCAGGAGAUGGGCCUCGAAGCAGCCCCCAGCUGGUGCGCACCCAUGAGGAUGUGCCUGGGCCCGUGGGACACCUGAGCUUCAAUGACAUCCUGGACACCUCACUGAAGGUCAGCUGGCAGGAGCCUGGAGAGAAGAAUGGCAUCCUGACAGGGUACCGGAUCUCCUGGGAAGAGUACAACAGAACCAAUACCCGUGUGACCCACUACCUGCCCAAUGUAACCCUAGAGUACAGGGUCACAGGCCUCACAGCACUUACUACCUACACUAUCGAGGUGGCCGCUAUGACCUCCAAGGGCCAGGGCCAGGUGUCGGCCUCCACCAUCUCAUCUGGUGUACCUCCAGAGCUCCCAGGGGCACCCACCAACCUGGGCAUUUCCAACAUUGGCCCACGGUCCGUGACCUUGCAGUUCAGGCCUGGCUACGAUGGGAAGACAUCCAUCUCCCGCUGGGUGGUGGAGGCUCAGGUGGGCGUGAUCGGGGAGGGAGAGGAAUGGUUGCUGAUCUACCAACUCAGCAAUGAGCCUGAUGCACGCUCCAUGGAGGUACCGGACCUCAACCCCUUCACCUACUACAGCUUCCGCAUGCGCCAAGUAAACAUUGUUGGCACCAGCCCGCCCAGUCAACCUUCUAGAAAGAUACAGACCCUCCAGGCACCCCCAGACAUGGCCCCCGCCAAUGUGACUCUACGCACAGCCAGUGAGACCAGCUUGUGGCUCCGAUGGAUGCCCCUCCCAGAAAUGGAAUACAACGGCAACCCUGAGUCGGUGGGCUACAAGAUCAAGUACAGCCGGUCCGACGGCCACGGCAAGACCCUGAGCCACAUGGUGCAAGACCGUGUGGAGCGGGAAUACACCAUUGAGGACCUGGAGGAGUGGACAGAGUACCGCGUCCAGGUCCAGGCCUUCAACGCCAUCGGGAGCGGGCCCUGGAGCCAGGCAGUGGUGGGCAGAACCAGGGAGUCAGUCCCAUCCUCGGGUCCCACCAAUGUGUCAGCACUGGCCACCACCUCUAGCAGCAUGCUGGUUCGCUGGAGCGAGAUCCCAGAAGCAGAUCGCAAUGGCCUUGUGCUGGGCUACAAGGUGAGGUACAAGGAGAAGGACUCGGACUCCCAGCCCCGGUUCUGGCUGGUCGAAGGCAACUCGUCUCGCAGUGCCCAGCUCACGGGCCUGGGCAAGUAUGUGCUGUACGAGGUCCAGGUUCUGGCCUUCACACGCAUUGGUGACGGCAGCCCCAGCCACCCUCCCAUCCUGGAGCGGACGCUAGAUGACGUCCCAGGCCCACCCAUGGGCAUCCUGUUUCCAGAGGUGAGAACCACGUCUGUACGGCUCAUCUGGCAGCCCCCCGCAGCCCCCAAUGGCAUCAUCCUGGCCUACCAGAUCACACACCGGCUCAACGCCACGACAGCCAACACCGCCACAGUGGAGGUCCUGGCACCCAGUGCCCGCCAGUACAUGGCCACAGGCCUCAAGCCAGAGUCUGUCUACCUGUUCCGUAUCACAGCCCAGACCCGAAAAGGCUGGGGAGAGGCUGCUGAAGCCUUGGUGGUGACCACAGAGAAGAGAGACCGCCCGCAGCCCCCUAGCAAGCCUGUGGUGCAGCAGGAAGAUGUGAAGGCUCGCAGCGUGUUGCUGUCCUGGGAGCCGGGCAGUGAUGGGCUCUCCCCAGUACGCUACUACACCAUCCAGACGCGUGAACUGCCCAGCGGCAGGUGGGCGCUGCACUCGGCCUCUGUGAGCCACAAUGCCUCUGCCUUCACUGUGGACAGACUCAAGCCCUUCACAUCCUACAAGUUCCGAGUGAAAGCGACCAAUGACAUCGGGGACAGCGAGUUCAGUGAGGAGUCAGAGUCGCUGACCACCCUGCAGGCCGCCCCAGAUGAGGCACCCACCAUCCUGUCGGUGACACCCCACACCACCACCUCUGUGCUAAUCCGAUGGCAGCCUCCAGCUGAGGACAAGAUCAAUGGCAUCCUCUUGGGCUUUCGGAUCCGGUACCGGGAGCUGCUCUAUGAAGGGCUGAGGGGCUUCACUCUUCGAGGCAUCAACAACCCUGGGGCCAAGUGGGCUGAGCUCACCUCCUUGUACUCCAUGCGGAACCUGACCCGGCCCAGCCUCACGCAGUACGAGCUGGACAAUCUGAGCAAGCACAAGCGUUAUGAGAUCCGGAUGAGUGUGUACAACGCCGUGGGUGAGGGACCCUUGAGCCCACCACAAGAGGUCUUUGUUGGGGAGGCAGUGCCCACGGCAGCACCACAGAACGUGGCCAUCCACAGUGCCACAGCCACACAGCUAGAUGUGACCUGGGAGCCACCCCCACUGGACAGCCAGAAUGGAGACAUCCAAGGAUACAAGAUUUAUUUCUGGGAAGUCCAGCGGAAGAACCUCACGGAGAGGGUGAAGACACUUUUCCUGGCAGAGAACAGCGUGAAACUCAAGAACCUGACUGGCUACACAGCCUACAUGGUCAGUGUAGCGGCCUUCAACGCUGCGGGAGAUGGGCCACGGAGCACCCCCACCCGAGGCCAGACUCAGCAAGCAGCCCCCAGCGCCCCAGGCUCCGUCAAGUUCAGCGAGCUGACCACGACCUCAGUGAAUGUGUCCUGGGAAGCCCCACAGUUCCCCAACGGUCCUCUGGAGGGUUACAGGCUGGUGUAUGAGCCCUGCACCCCAGUGGAUGGGGUCAGCAAGAUUGUGACAGUGGACGUGAAGGGAAACAGCCCACUGUGGCUGAAGGUGAAGGACCUGGCUGAGGGUAUGACCUACCGUUUCCGCAUCAAAGCCAAGACCUUCACCUAUGGGCCUGAGAUCGAAGCCAACAUCACCACAGGCCCUGGAGAAGGUGCCCCAGGACCACCAGGAGUGCCAAUCAUCGUUCGGUACAGCUCGGCCAUUGCUAUCCACUGGUCCAGCGGAGAUCCUGGCAAAGGACCCAUCACACGCUACGUAAUAGAGGCCAGGCCUUCAGAUGAGGGACUCUGGGACAUCCUCAUCAAGGACAUCCCCAAGGAGGUAACGUCCUACACCUUCAGCAUGGACAUCCUGAAGCCAGGCGUGAGCUACGACUUCCGGGUUAUCGCAGUCAAUGACUAUGGCUUUGGCACUCCCAGCAGCCCCUCUCAGUCUGUGCCAGCCCAGAAAGCUAGCCCCUUCUACGAGGAAUGGUGGUUCCUGGUGGUCAUUGCCCUCGUGGGCCUCAUCUUCAUCCUGCUUCUUGUCUUUGUACUCAUCAUCCGAGGUCAGAGCAAGAAGUACUCCAAGAAGACAGAUGCAGGAGGCAAUACCAAGUCAGGAGCCCUCGGCCAUGGGGAGAUGCUGAGCCUGGAUGAAAGCAGUUUUCCCGCUCUGGAGCUCAACAACCGGCGACUCUCUGUGAAGAACUCUUUCUGCAGGAAGAAUGGCUUGUACACCAGGUCCCCUCCCAGGCCCAGCCCGGGCAGCCUACACUACUCUGAUGAAGACGUCACCAAGUACAAUGACCUCAUCCCGGCGGAGAGCAGCAGCCUGACCGAGAAACCCUCGGAAAUCUCCGACUCCCAGGGAAGUGACAGCGAGUAUGAAGUGGACACAAACCCUCAGAAAGCCCACUCCUUCGUCAACCAUUACAUCAGUGACCCCACGUAUUACAACUCUUGGCGACGUCAGCAGAAAGGCAUCUCCCGGGCCCAGGCCUACAGCUACACAGAGAGCGAUUCUGGUGAACCUGACCACGUCACUGUCCCCAAUAGCAACAGCACCCAGCAGGGCAGCCUUUUCCGGCCCAAGGCCAGCCGGACUCCAACGCCCCAAAAUCCCCCAAAUCCCCCAAGUCAGCAGAGCACCCUCUACCGUCCCCCCAGCAGCCUCGCCCCUGGUUCCCGGGCACCCAUAGCAGGGUUCUCAUCCUUCGUUUGACAUCAGAAGAGGAAAAGGAAUGAAAAAAAAAUGACACCAAAAUCCUCCUUUGCCGCUUCCCAGAACGCCUGCCAGAAAACACACAAGAAAACCCCACCAAGACAUCGGAUCAACUUUUCACCUCUCCAGUUUGUUUUUCCAGAGAUUCCAGGGCCAGCAGAGCCGGGGUGGAGGAGGAGGAGGAGGA